AUCGGUCCCCCCGCAACUGGUCUUAGUAUGCUUACAUCACACACGCAAUAUAGUCUCUGCUCGAGACCUAUAAAAGCCGAAAAUUUCGCAGUGAACGACAUCAUUUGCAAGCAGCAACUGUAACUCUCAACAUUACAAUGGCAUUCAAGUUCGUCGUCCUCGCCGCCCUUGUGGCCGCCGCUCAAGCUGGAAUUAUUGCCGCGCCUCUUGGCUACGCUGCUGCCCCCGUUGCAAAAUUGGCUGUAGCGCCAGCUGUGGCUGUAAAAACAGUUGACGCUGAUUACGAUCCCAAUCCUCAAUACAGUUACGCUUAUGAUGUACAGGAUGCAUUAACCGGUGAUUCAAAAAGCCAACACGAAACCCGUAACGGAGACAUUGUACAAGGUAGCUACUCUCUUCUUGAAUCCGAUGGAACAAGAAGAACCGUCGACUACACCGCUGAUUCAGUUAAUGGAUUCAACGCUGUUGUUCACAAAGAACCCGCUGAAAUUGCCGUUAAAACCGCUGUCGCCGCUCCAUUGGUGAAAACUGUUGCUCCAGUUGUUAAAACUGUAGCUCCCGCCUACACUGCCGCAUACGCCACCGCUCCAGUUGCUCAAUACGCUGCCGCACCAGUUGCCCACUAUGCUGCCGCUCCAGUUGCUCAAUACGCUGCUGCCCCAGCAGUUGCUCACUACGCUGCCGCUCCAGUUGCUCAAUACGCCGCUGCCCCAGCAGUUGCCCACUAUGCCGCCGCUCCAGUUGCCCAAUACGCCGCUGCCCCAGUUGCUCACUACGCCGCCGCUCCAGUUGCCCAAUACGCCGCUGCUCCAGUUGCUCACUACGCCAAAGUUGCCAGCUACGCAGCUCCCGCCUACUAUCACUAGAUCAUUUAUUUUGUAAUAUAUAAAUAAAUUCUCCUAAUAAUAUACAA